CAAAAAUACAGCUUCACAGACCUGUUAACAUGGCUGUAGACUUUUAAUUGAAACAUUUGAGGGGUCCUGGCCCCCAAAUUUGGACCUACUAUGAUAGAGCAUACACCCAGUUUGAAUGUCUGUGCAACGUGAAGGGAAAAUGCAAAAUUAAUUAGGGCUAAAAGGUUAAUUGAUUGCAGAUAAUUUGAACCUAAAUGAUGUUGUGUCCUUCCUUAAUUCGGGAUCAUGUGCAGUUAGUAUUCCCAUUUGCCCCACUGUUGUGCGUGGCAUAUGUAAUACAAUUGCAUGUGCUCACAUUGACAGCUGAGCUAAACAUGUGUCAUGCUGUCCAAACUGGUGUGUAUUUCAGGAGGCUUGAGGUGGAACUGUUGGUUGCCAGGAAACCUAGUUUGGGUGUUGCUCAUGUUACACAGAUCUCUGAGUCUCCUGUCUUUCUUUCGGUCCUUCUGUGUCCAAACUGGGAGCCACAUCUCUAUUUGCAGCUAUUGGUUAUACUGUUGGAGACUUACUGACAGAAUUUUUACUGGAAACGUUUUGUUGAUCCAAAUUUUUCUCCCAGCAAUAAAGUUUCCAGCUGUCAGUUGGACGUGUUGGAGCUCUGUGGUUGUCAGGAUGAAGCAGCUGGUAUUCAAAGUCUUCUGCUCCACACUGCUGCUUCUCGCAGUGGUGCACUCUGCGUACUCACAGUCAGAUUGUUCUCAAGCCGAAUCAUGUGACCUGUGUGUCGGAGACUCCAUGCUUAACCUGACAGGCUGUGUUUGGAGGCUUUGUCCAGAUGGUAAUGACACAGGCAUGUGUGUGGCUGAUGACGGCAGCUCAGUAAACAAUGGCAUGAACUGUAGCUGGACGAGAGUGUCUGAGUUGUGCACAGUUGUAGAGACCGUAGCUGAGGGAGGAGGUGAAGGUGACACAGGUGAUGGAGGUAAAACCAACUCAUCCCCAGAGUUCUCCCAGGCCAAGUUUGACAUGUCCAGUUUCAUCGGAGGCAUCAUACUCGUGCUCUGCGUGCAAGCGGGCGGCUUCUUCGCCAUGCGCUUUCUCAAAUCCAAAGAGCAGAGCAGCUAUGACCCCAUAGAGCAGCCACAGUGAAGACAAGAUGUGUGAAGGACAAACAGACAAGGGUGGAGG